GCCCGGCUUCCCCGCGGGGAUGCUGCGGCUGGGCUGCCGGCUGCGGCCGCUAGUGUCGGGACGCCGGUUCCGAGCCUCUGCCCGGCUCUCCUUAAGCGCCGAGAUGCCCAAGAAAGCCGGCGCGACGAACAAGGGUAAGAGCCAGAGCAAGGAGCCAGAGAGACCACUUCCUCCCUUAGGUCCUGUGGCAGUUGAUCCUAAAGGUUGUGUCACCAUAGCCAUCCAUGCCAAACCCGGGUCCAAACAAAACGCUGUCACAGACGUGACAGCAGAAGCGGUGAGCGUGGCCAUAGCAGCCCCCCCGUCGGAAGGAGAGGCUAAUGCCGAGCUCUGUCGGUACCUUUCCAAGGUCUUGGAGCUCAGGAAGAGUGACGUGGUUUUGGAUAAGGGCGGUAAAUCUCGUGAAAAAGUGGUGAAGCUGUUAGCGUCCACAACGGCAGAGGAGAUCUUGGAGAAAUUAAAGCAGCAAGUUGAAAAACAAUAAAAGCAAGUUAUGAGAAGUACUUCCUUGAGAAGCGCUUUAAUUGCUAUUCGUGAAGAGGCUGUUCAGUAGGAAAAUAUACCUCAGUGCACUGAAGAACAUGAAAAAAAAAUUUAAGAACAGGACUCAGAAGUAGGAAUUUUAAAAGUACUGUAUGUUCAGUGUAGGUUCUGACGUCCAAAGAGUUUGGAACACAUCAGUCCGAUUUCAUCACAUUACACAAUGACAGAGCUGGAAGACACCUUCAGGAUGACCUGUCACCCCUCUGAUCCCGUGAUGGGGCUUCCACUCUCCAGAAGUUCAGAGACUUGUUCGGGAUCACACCAUGAGAGGUGGCAGCCAGAACCACGGUCCCUUGACUCCUGGCCACAUUUUAUGCCAAUCGUAAAUGAACAGGUUUCCACAGCACCUCUAGGGUUCUGAGCAUUGCCUUGUCUGGAGUUUACAAGUGACAGAAAAAAACCUGCCAUACUGCUUUGUGGUCUGUCUUUAUAUUUUAAAAGGCUUAUCUACAUACAAAAAUGUCUUUUGAAAACUGUGGAGUGAAAAACUAAGAGUUUUCAGGACUUGUAAUUUACUAUUAAUUAUUUUGGGGAAGUCACUGAAUUUUUGUCCUCAUUGGAGGGUGUAGUUUUCAAAUCUGGUAGUUCCUGUGAAUCUCCAAAGAGCCUUAAAAGAAGAGGGCCUGGAAGCUACUUUCCAUAUUUGUAAAAGCCCAUCAGGAAUCUCUCCUACAUUAAAGCUUCAAAAGCUAGUAAUAAAUGCCUUGCUUUUAAAUAUCCAAUGCAAAUUACAGUGAUUUGGUCAGGUAAAUAACAAAUUCAUUACCUUUGCUGAUCAGAAUCAAAGCAGUUUUGUGCUUUUGUCUAAGUACCUGAGAAAAUAUAUUGGUAGACAAAAUGUUUGAAAAUACAAAAUCCCCAAGGACUAAUAAUAAAAAUUAUCUUGUACAACUCUUAUUCUAUUGAUAGGAACCAAGGACAAGAAGAGUCACUUGGAUUACCCAAGAGCAUAGCCAGUCCUAAUGGCGGAACAUGAGUUACACUCAGCUGCCUUCUUCUCGAAGCCAUUGUGCCAUAUUGCCCCCCAAAGUGGUUUACUGUACCUGAUCUCAGCUUCAGAACUUUUCCCACUCUUUUCCCAUACAUUCCAGCGUGUAUGCUAGCGGCA